GACUUGGGUACGUGAAUCACAGCGGCAGGAGUGCCAGCGCCCACAAAGAGCCGUUGGACUUGUCAGCUUCUCUCUCUGACCAAGCAGACCUAAUAGCUGACCGGCAAAGCAGAGUGGGCCAAGUGCCUCUGCCUGCGAUCAUCAGCUGACUAACGCACAAGGAAAAGUAACUAAUUUAGCUGGGAUUAGAAGGAGCUAUUCUGAGAUCUGUGCUCCUAGCAAGUGACUGAAUACGUUAGAGACCAGAUCAGUCGCUGAGCUGAGAAACUGAGUUGUGAUUGAGUGAAAAACAGACAACGAAGUCUUGAAGAAUUGCACGGAGGUGCAAGCCAAAUUUAACUCUCUCCAAGUAGUAUUAGUCGGACUGAGAAAUUGCUAAACCACACCUGUGCUAGGACGUGAUUUGGGUGUCUUUGUCACUGUUUUCUCUUACUGUUGCUCUGCUUUCUGUUACCGCUGGAGCCCGAGAUGUUCUCAGAUAAUUCCCAUUGCCCCGACUGUGGACAACAAUGGUUCCCCAGUUUAGAACUGGGCCAUUGGUUGUACCAAACUGAGCUUAUUGAAAAUGAAUGUUACCAGGUAUUCUUGGACCGUAUUAACAGGGCUGAUUAUUGCCCUGAGUGUUAUCCCGAUAAUCCUGCUAAUAGAAGCCUUGUUCUUCCUUGGUCUUUCCCACUUGAGUGGGCUCCUCAAAAUCUUACCAGGUGGACCUUUGAAAAAGCUUGCCACCCAUUUCUUCUGGGUCCUCCACUGGUUAGAAAAAGGAUACAUGACUCUAGAAUUGCUGGUUUUAACCCUGCAUUACAGUUGAUUUUGACCAGAACCGACACGACCUUAAACAAGAAACUUGGCCAAAGCAAGUAACUUCUUAAACCAGUUAAAAUCAUGGCAAGUCUAGAGGGUUUUGUACUAGUAACCCAAGGAAGAUGAAAAAAAUGAGUCCUUUUAAAUCUGGUCCAUGUGGUCACUACUUUGGGGAACUACUUAAAUCAUUGGCUCUGUUACCAUGGUCUACACCUAUUUUGUUCGGCAUGAGUUUAAUCAGUGUUGCAGCCAGACUGUUCAUCCAGAACCAGACUGUUUCAUGCUCCCUGUGUUUUGGAAUUAGCUGACCCCUCCUAAAAAGCCCCACAGCCUAAUCAUUGACAUACAACAAGGUAGUGCUGGAGGAGAUGCCCCUGUGUCCACCAGAACAAUAUUUCUAGUGAUGACUUCUGUGGCAAAGCAUCUUCAUUGUAGCUGGAUUCUAGGUUAUUUUGGUAAAAGAACUAUGUGUUUUAAUAAGACACUACAUUAUUCUAAACCCCGCUUCUUCAUUAAUCAGCAAUUUUAUGUGUGUGUGUGUGUAUAUAUAUAUCUAUAAUUUAUUCAUAUAUAACCAUGUAUUCAUCCUUGCCUCAGUUUGGCCUCAGUGUGGCAUCAACAUUAUUGAUACCUGGUCCCUUAGAGUAGUCACAUUCUACCAGGCAGUACCUGAUAGGGACACACAAAGACAUGCAGAAAUGCCACUAUCUACACUGACUUGGCUCUGGAUAAACAAAGUCUGUCCUGUCUUUGUGGUGACUGAACUUAAAGUGUCCUACCCAGGAAAUGGAAAAGUAACAAAAGGAGUUAUUGAGCUCGGCUCCAUAUACCUUAGGAGCAGUCUAAGGGAGGCAUCUUUCUUAAAACUAAGACGGUCUUGCUAGACUCAGCCACAUUCUGGCCUUUAUUUGUUUCUGAGAACCUCAGAACCAGAGUUCGGGUUAAGAAACUUAGGAAGAAAUGGUUGAAAACAUCUCAGAGGCCACCGAACAAGUUUAAAAUUCCACUUAAGAUGCUAGAUAACUAAGCAGUGCUUGUGUAGCAACUCAACAAUGUUCUCAAGGUCCCAGGUUCUUUCUGUUUACCCCUCUGGGCUCCUUAUCGCACUGGCUUUUGUCCUUGGUGUCUUCUGUGAUUGGAAUGUGGCUUGUUGCCGCUUCAGGCAUUUCAGUCCCAGAGGCUGGAAGUAGGGGGGAGCAAAAAGGUUUCUCCUUUCAAGACCCUGUCUUAUUGGCAAGAAAAUCUCAAAGGUCCCUCACCGAUUUCUUCAUACAUCUCAUUAGAAGGUACUGGUUCACAAAAGGGCCUGGGAAGCCAGGCAGAGGGGAAUGGGGCUAGCAGUGCCUGGGUGAGGCCCACCGUCUCCCCUAAGAAAAGGAGGGCACUUUUAGGGAGGAGUGAAUGACUGUUUUUAUGUAAGAAGUCCUGCCCGCCACCUGUUGUGAAACCUGAGGUGAUGUGUUAGUCUGUAUAAAGAAUGUACCCCGGAGAUCUGCCUGUAUCUAUUUGCCUUCUGUCUGUCCUGGUGCAAGUUCUCUCCUGCUAAGUUGCUGAAUAAACUGUGUGGACUGCUGAA